GCCUCUACAUUUUUCUGAUCUACUUCCGGGGCGAAGGGAUUUUGUUUUACAAGAAGAAAGUCAUGUGACUAUGACCAUUUAGUCACGUGAUUUAUGAAUUAAAGGACCGAUAUGACUGGUCUAAAUCACAGGUCUCAAUGUGAGUACAAUUUCUUCUAAUACGCCUAGAUUGACCCUGUGGGAUGUUUAAUAACCAUUGCGAGACAAGAGAUGGCUGAAAGAAAUCAUCAUGGUGGUCUGGUCUGAAUGGAGAAGAUGAGGAAAGAGAAUGUCUACAUCAGAGGAGACAUCACUCGAUGUAAGAGGAUGCAGGUUGUUGUAGUUGUUCUUCUCCUCCCAUCAGUGGUUUCACAUCUGAUUACGCAUGAUUACUGUGUACUUGGUGCUGGCCCUGGAGGACUACAAAUUGCAAAGUUUCUGGAAGAGGCUGGAAGGGACUAUGUUGUAUUUGAACGCAGCCAGGGACCUGGUAGCUUUUUUCAUCAUUUCCCAAGACACCGUAAGCUAAUCAGCAUAAACAAGCGCUUUACAGGACGCACGAACAAAGAGUUUAAUUUUCGUCAUGACUGGAACUCACUUCUGAGUCAGGAUGAACUGCGGUUCUUUCAUUACUCUCAGGACUUUUUUCCACAUGCAGAUGACAUGGUGAAAUAUCUGCAGAAUUUUAGUUCUGCUCUCAGUGUCCAUUAUAGCAAAGAAAUCAGACAUGUUAGACUGAAAUCCAACCAGGAUGCAUGGCAUGGUCAUUACUUUGUCCUAGAGGAUGAAACAGAACAGGAACACAUGUGCAAUGUUCUUCUAGUGGCAACUGGAUUGUCCUUGGCUAAUAAAUUGAAAUUUCCUGGAGAAGAGUAUGUAGAAGGCUAUGAGACCAUUUCAAUAGACCCAUCCAAUUUCACAGGACAAAGUGUACUCAUUUUGGGACGUGGAAAUUCUGCAUUUGAAACUGCUCAAAACAUCCUAAGCUCCACUAAUUUUAUACAUAUGAUUGGGCGUUCCAGAGUCCGACUGUCCUGGUCGACACACUAUGUUGGGGAUUUGAGAGCUGUUAACAAUGAUCUUUUGGACACAUACCAGCUAAAGUCAUUGGAUGGUCUCCUGGAGGGAGAUUUUUCUGAUUUGGCCUUAAUUCGAAAUGAUUCUGGAAAGUUGUAUGUUACCCACAAGCAUUAUCUUAAGAGGAAUUCUUCAAGUAAUCACUCAAUGAAACCUGUUUCAGUGUUUCCACAAGAUGAUCUAGAUAACUUUGCAGCUCGUGAACCAUAUGACCGUGUGAUUCGUUGCCUGGGUUGGAAAUUUGACUUCUCCAUUUUUGACAAAUCUGUUAAACUAACGCCAUCAUCUGGGCUAAAAAAGAAAUACCCACUGCUAAAGCCGAAUUAUGAAGCAAAGCAUGUCAAUGGUCUGUUUGUAGUGGGAACAGCCAGUCAUGGUGUUGACUUUCGCAAGUCUGCUGGUGGAUUUAUUCAUGGAUUCCGAUAUACAGCCAGAUCUGUACAUCGCAUAAUGGAGAAGAGAUACCAUAACAUUCCCUGGCCAUCAAGUCAUUAUUCAGUCUCCCAGCUUUUAAAUGUAUUGCUGAGGCGUAUAAAUGAAGCAUCAGGGCUUUACCAAAUGUUUGAUGUCCUGGUUGAUGUGAUUCUUCUUGGAAAGGAUUCUACUACUUUUGAGCACCUAGAAGAGAUACCAGUUGGAACUAUCCCCACUGUAGACAAAAGCACUGGAAGGAAGGUGUAUGACACAGGAGUGUUAAUUUUAAUAAUGGAAUAUGGAAAGAAUUUUUCUGGACCAGACAAAGAUGUGUUUCACUAUAAUCGUGCUAUUGGUGAUGAAAAAGCUGCAUGGCGUUCCAAUUUCCUGCAUCCUGUAAUUUAUUAUUACAGACAACUUCCAUCAGAGCAACAAAUGGAGUUGCGCCCUCAGGGUUGGCCUCUGCCGCGACCUGACAACAUUCAUCAUGUCGUAGAAGAUUUUCUCACUGAUUGGACUGGCCCUAACUCUCAUAUACUCCCAUUUCGUCGCUUCCUUGAAAACUGUUUACAAAAAGACCUUAGAACUUUCUAUCCAGAUUCCUGUUUUGCAUUUUUAUUGACACAUCAGAAGUUGCCAUUUUUUUGCCAGCAAGUUUACCUGCAAAACCAAGGACAAAAGGGAAAAGAAGAAUUGAGGAAUUAUACUCAUCUAGGAUUUAGGAUGAAAAAGAAAAGAGAAGUUGAUGUCUUAUAUAGCCAGACUAACAGAAAAGAUGAAUUUUGACUUUUUAUUUGCCACUAAGUUGCCUCGUAUUGUUCCAAAUUUCCAUUUUUUAUUUUUUAUUGUGAAUACAUAGAAAAGGCAUACAAACCACAUAAACAACUCUAAGCCCCCCCCCCCCCCCACCCCACACACAACCAAAUGGAGAGCGAGAGAGAGGGAAAAAUCCUUAUAAUUUUAGAAUCCCAAAAACGUCUAAAAUUGACAUAUUUUUCGAUACAGUAACCAAGGGGAUGCCACUACGGAACUAUUACUUGAAAAACACUAAGUGAUCUACAGUAGUAACCAACUCCUACAACUGGUGAAGUAUUGGACAUCUCCACAAAAGAUGAACCAAGCUAGCAGAAUCUUGGAAACAUUUUGGGCAUUUAUUCAAAGAUCUUUUCUGGAUUUUAAGUAAAAAUUUAGGGGUAUAAUUUGAAUCUAUGAAUAAUGUGCCAAUGUGACCAGAUGCAAGAAACAUUAUAUAAAGUGG